AUGUCAGUAAAUGACCCUCGUGUUAAGUGGAUGCAGCAGCGGGUCUGCAGUUCAUUUCACAAUGUUGGCCCUUCCUGCUUUGAGGAGCUUCUGAGCCGGGACAAUGGUGAAAAUGAGCAGCUGAUACUUUAUUACCUGAAUGAGACCUCCCUGGAGGAAUCACCGUCCGUGCUCUAUUUCUUCAAAGCUAUGUGGGAGGAGGAAGUUGAAGUGCAGGUGGUAGUGGGCUUCUCCCAUAGCAAUGGUGAAACCCAAAAAGAAGAAACACAUAGCAUUUCAGACUUUGCCAGUGAAGGAUGUUGUCUUAUUCAAGAAAUGCAAGCCCCUGAAAUAGCAAUUUCAGACCCAGAUGGCAAAAGAUAUUCGGCAGCAGCAUCUCCUGCUCUAUCCUCACUCAUGAUGGGAGUAUCAAUUGAGCACUCUGAAGCAGAGAUUAGUCCAGUCAUUAAAAUGGAAAUCCACAAGGUUCAACAUAUAAAGCUCUAUGUUUCCCAGAAUCACAUUCCUGAGAAAUGUAAGGACUUGCCAACAAUUUAUUUUCUCAGGGAUAGAAAUGAAGCUAUCAAUCCUGUCUGCUGUUCUGAAGAUAUGGAAGAAGUUCUGCCAAAGUUUAUAGAGAUGGGUUACAUGAACAAUGACUUACUUAUGAUCCUCAACAACCUUAUGAACUUUGUGUUCAUUCCACUUUUCUCUGCCAGACAACAACACAUUAGGGCACAGCAGGCUACUUUCUAUGAAAUUAAUUUGAAAGAAAAAGGAAAUUUAAAGCGGCCAAUUUUGUCACAGAGUAGCUAUCCAAUCAAAGAUAAGCUGCUAGCAAGCAGUUACAAAUGGUACGGUCAAAUUCAAUUUGCAAUUCAUUGUCUAGAAGGAGAAAUAAAAUUAUAUGUUCCUGAAUUUAAUGUGAAUGGAGAGAUAACUUACAUAGCAUCUAACCAGGCUCUGACUGAAAUACUAAAGCAGAGUAUGAGGAAAUGGCAGUCUCAGAUAGCUUCAGUCAUUGAGGAACAAAAAAAAACUAAGCCAGAGGAAUUAGGGCUUCUGCAAGAAAUGCAGUUUUGGCAUGAAUGGUCAAUAACACUGCGCGUUCUGGAUGAACAGUUGAAUGGGUGUGCAGUGAAGAAAAUCAUUGAUGUUUUGAUGCUGGUUGACCCUGCUGCAGUUCAAAAGUUUAAUUUAAGUUGGGAUAUGCUUAAAAAAUAUCAAAUGAAUGCUGCAGAUAAUUUCAAAUUUUUAGUAACUCUGAAGCACCCUUUUAAGGUACACCUUUUUGUUGAUAAUGCCAUUCAUAUGAAUAUUGAUUCUGGAUUCUUUGGCAUUCAUGAUAUCAUUCCACAAAUAAUGAACAGGUUAAAAAUUAUCUGGAUCGUUUCAAACCACUUUAAUGAUCAUGAACGAAUGAUGUCUAUCAUGCUGCGGAUUGAAGGAAAACUGUCAAACAGCGUUGCCAGAGUGAUCGACAUCCAUGCAUUAUUCAAGCAAAACAGAGAAACUGCAAUGACCAUACUUCUACAGGGCAAACACAUUUUAGAAGGAUGGAAAGCCUCUUAUUUAAAAGUGUGUGGGGACAUUGAAAAUGUUCAUAGAUACUCACUAUGGACAUUUGACAGGCAACAACUGUUUGAACGGACAGAUUACAUGGCAUUAAUCUGCCAGGAUCUCCAUAAAAUACUACAGACCUAUGAACAACUUUACAGCACAUUUAAUACAAGCUUAAGGAAACUGAUUGGAAAACCAAAGAGACUAAAUGAAUUGUCACUCUGGACUGAGAGUCUCAUCAAGCCCAUUGAAGAAUUAAACUUUAAUCCAUUUAAGCUUCAAGAAAAGAAUUCAUGGGAAAAAGUUAUGGAGAAGUUUGAAAAUGAAGUUAAGGAGUCUACGUCUUCUUUUUCCGGGUCCUCCUCCUGCUCUGCACCCCUUUGGACGCCCGCGAAACCGGUGCCGGCAGUCGUGGCAAGGCUGUUUGGCAGCCGAUGUCUACUAGCUGCCUCACUGCACACUCCUCUGCCCAGGCCAUCUGCCUCAGAAAUUGAAGCAGAAGUCAUUGAAUUUCUUGAUCUGUCAUUUAAGAGUGCUCAUUCUGCAGAAGCUGCCUUUGAUAUGCUUUUAAAUUUCAAGUAUAAUCAUUCUAGGCCAGCUGUGAGAAGUCAACUGAGAAAAAAACAUAAUGAAAUCUUGGUCAAGUAUGCACAAGAGAUUGACACUAUAAGCAAUAUGUUUGAACAGAAUCGUGAUAAUCCAUUUCUUAGUAAGAAUAACCCACCAGUGGCAGGAUCAAUAGUUUGGGAGAAGUCUUUGUUUCGUCACCUAAAACACACUAUUUUUCGCUUAAUGGAGGACAAAGAAAUAAUGAAUACUGAUCAGGGCAAGGAGGUUAGGUCUAUGUACAUUCAAAUUGGAAUUCAAAUGAGGCAGUAUGAAGUGGCACAGUAUUUGAAAUGGCAUGAGACAGCAGAGCAGUUUAUUCCUUCUCUACUAACACAAAGUCUGCUUCUAAAAUAUAAGACUUCUAAAACUGAAGAUGUUUCAGAUGAUAUGUUCAUUUCAGUAAAGACGGAACUUGACCUUAAAAACAUCCAAUACACAAUCAAUUUUUCCCCUGAGGUGAAAGAAAUCAUUUUGGAAGCCAAAUAUAUGGAUCUUCUUGGCUUUUCAGUGCCAGAACUAGUGAGACAUGUUGCUUUACAAGAAAACAAAUUCUACAGGGAUAUUUAUAGGCUGAAAAAUAUGCUAAAGCGAUUUCACAGUCUAAUGAACCUAAUUAAUGAUGUGGAAUGUUACCUCCUAGAUGGCCAUGUGCAGGACCUUCAGAGUGUUCUUCAGUAUGGAUGCAAAAGAUUAAAUUGGUUUUCUUUAGGCAUUUCCAACUAUAUUGACCGGUGCAUGAAAGCUAUUGCAAAAUUCAAGCGACUAUUGAAUCAGGUGAAAAAAAAUGCACAAGAUAUCGAAAAUAAAUUGCUCAUUAUAGAAUCUGCCAACCUGUUUGAGUAUCCAGUACCACAGAAUAAUACCAGUCUUUUCGGAAUAGAGGAUUUUUUUAAAUACGUGAAAGAAGAAAGAGCAAAAGAAGUUGCAUAUUUGUGCCGAAAAUACAAAGCAAUUAGCCCACUGUUGAUCAAAAUUGAAAGCCUAGUUCUUAACACAGACAGCGGGAAAGCGCCAAAGAUGGAAAAGUAUUAUACGCACUGGGAAUACAAGGUGUACAACGCCCUUACUACUAUGAUUGUAAAGUAA